ACACAGCGACAAUGAUAGUUUCGGUUUCGGCUCUGUCGAACACAAACUAAUUCUACAAUCGAAUCAACCGAUACCAUACGCCGAGACACGCCGAAUCGCUCUGCACCGGUUAAUUCUCACCGUACGAUCGAUCGUAAGGAGGAGCUGAAGGAUUCAUUCUCAUCAUUGCUUCAAGCUUUUUUCUUACGAGAGGACUAGUCACUAGAGGGAGACGACUAAAAAGGGUCGGACUAUGAUGGAUGCGAAUCAGGUAGCUGAGCUGCGAAGAUUCGUCCAACAGCUGAAAUCGAAUCCCUCGAUUCUUCACGAUCCUUCUCUGAUCUUCUUCAAGGAUUAUCUCCGGAGUUUAGGAGCUCAAGUUCCCAAGUUAGAGAAAACUGAAAAAGAUUUUGAAGAUGCUGAGACUAAACCCAGUUUCUCUCCUAAUCUUGAUGAUGAAAUUACCGAGUCUGAUGUUGAACUGGACAAUUCAGAUUUAGUUGAACCAGACAAUGAGCCUCCUCAGCCGAUGGGAGAUCCUUCAGCUGAAGUGACGGAUGAAAAUAGGGAUGCUGCUCAGUCAGAGAAGAGCAAAGCUAUGGUGGCAACCUCCGAUGGAAAGUUCGACGAAGCUAUAGAUCAUCUAACAAAAGCUAUCAUGCUAAACCCCUCUUCAGCAAUUCUCUACGCCACCAGAGCUACUGUGUUUCUAAUACUUAAAAAGCCAAAUGCUGCAAUCCGCGAUGCAAACGUGGCUUUACAGUUCAAUCCUGAUUCAGCCAAGGGGUACAAAGCACGAGGUAUGGCUAUGGCCAUGUUAGGCCGAUGGGAAGAAGCUGCGUCUGAUCUUCAUGUAGCAUCAAAAUUAGAUUACGACGAGGAGUUGGAGUCGGCCCUUAAGAAGGUUGAACCCAAUGCAAAGAAAAUUGAGGAACACCGAAGGAAAUAUCAACGUCUGAUGCAAGAAAAGGAACUCCAAAGGGCUGAACGCAAGAGACGAGAACAGCAAGAAGCCCAGGAACGAGAAGCUCUGGCUGCAUUCAAAGACGGACAAGUGAUUAGCAUCCACUCCACAAGCGAGCUCGAAGCAAAUACAAAGGCCGCAAAUAAGGCAUCACGUCUGCUAAUCCUAUACUUCACAGCCACAUGGUGUGGACCGUGCCGUUACAUGUCUCCGCUGUACUCAAGCCUGGCCACGCAACACCCGAGAGUCGUCUUCUUGAAAGUUGACAUAGAUGAGGCCAACGACGUGGCUGCGUCUUGGAACAUUAGCAGCGUCCCGACGUUUUGCUUCAUCAGAGAUGGCAAACAGGUAGACAAAGUUGUCGGAGCUGAUAAAGGUUCGCUUGAGCAGAAGAUUGCACAACACUCUUCUUCAAAGUAAUGGUUUACUCGUUUUUCUCUCUUCUCCUAUUGCUUCUCUCUUCUGGUUUUGGGAGCUUAAUAUGGUACUUCUGUCUAGAGAGUUUUCGUGCUGUAUCUUUGCAACACAACUGUUGUCUCAUAAUGUAGCACAACAUUUUUAAGUAUUUGUAAUCGUGUACAUGUGGUUUCCUAAUUCCAUUGGUAUGGUGUUGGCUCAGGGUUAUGUUAUAUG